AUGGUCAAGAAGUCUAUGUACCCUGAUGAAAAUGCUUACUGUGUUGUAUUGAGGUCCUGUUUGAAACUUUGUGAUGUUAAAAAUUGGGAAAAGAUUCAUGUGCAUGUUACAAAACUUGGGUUUGAUUGUUUUGAUUUUGUGAAUAUUGAUGAUUAUUCAUGUAAUGCACGUAAUGUGCCUGAGAAAAUGACUAGUGCUAUUGAGUUUUGGAAUUCAUUGAUUUUUGAGGCAUGUAAAGGGUGUGAGUUUAGGGAAAGUUUUCGGUUAUUUGAGAGAAUGAAAAUGGAAGGGGUUCGGCCUGAUUCGAUUACUAUUGUGAACCUAUUGAGAGCGAGUUAUGAUACAAUGUCGUUGAAUGUUGGGAGAAUGGUGCAUUGUUUGGUUUGUGUGAGUAAUUUGAGCGAAGAUUUGGCGGUGAAUACUGCUUUGCUUACUUUUCAUUCAAAGAUGGGAUGUUUGGAGGUUGCUAGAUUGUUGUUUGAUCGGACGCCUGGAAAGGAUUGUGUUGUGUGGAAUUUAAUGAUAUCGGCAUAUUUGCAAAAUGGGUUCCCGGUAGAAUCAUUGAGGUUGUUACUGGUAAUGGUGAGGUCUGGGGUUAGGACUGACUUGUUUACGGCACUAGCUGCCAUCUCAUCGAUUGCUGAUUUGAAUUCUAUUGAAAGAGGUACAGAAAUGCAUGGUCAUGUGAUACGAAACGGUUUAGACUAUCAGGUUUCUGUUCAUAACUCCCUCAUUGACAUGUACUGCAAAUGUGGUGGUUUGGAAAGUGCCAGAAAGGUUUUUGAUUUGGUGACAAACAAGACAACAGUCUCAUGGAGUUCGAUGAUUAAAGGAUCUUUAAGCCUUGAGCAAUUUUCUGAAGCCUUGUCUCUCUUCAGUGAGAUGAAACUGGAUGGCUAUAGAAUUGACUUCAUAACGGUGAUUAACAUCUUGCCUGCUUUUGUUAGUAUAGGGGCAUUAGAGCAAGUAAAGUACUUGUAUGGAUAUUCAGUGAAAUGCGGGUUAACUUCAUUCCCUUCUGUGAAUACAGCAUUUCUUGCAAGUUAUGCUAAAUGUGGAUGCAUAGAUAUGGCACAAAAGCUAUUUGAGGAAGAUCAAUUUACCCAUAAAGAUGUCAUAGCGUGGAAUUCUAUGAUUGGUGCAUAUUCAAAGCAUGGCAAUUGGCUUCAAUGUUAUAAGAUGUAUGCACAAUUGAAGCUUAUGAAUUUGAAGCCAAAUCAAGUUACAUUUCUUAGUGUCCUGACGGCUUGUGUAAAUUCGGGUUCUGUAAAAGAAGGAUGGGAUUGUUUCAAAGAGAUGACCGAAAGGUAUGGUUGCCAACCUAAAGAGGAACACUAUGCUUGUAUGGUAGAUCUUCUAGGUCGAGCUGGACGAAUCAGGGAAGCAUUACAGCUCAUAAAUUCUAUGCAUUUUAAGCCAGAUGCACGCGUGUGGGGCCCAUUGUUAAGUGCUUGUAAGUUACACUCUGACAUCGAAGUAGCAGAGUUGGCAGCUGAGAAGCUGAUAACAAUGGAACCGAAAAAUGCUGGGAACUACAUAUUACUAUCCAAUAUAUAUGCUGCAGCUGGAAAAUGGGAUGAAGUAGGCAAGAUGAGGGUUUUUCUUAGAGACAGGGGAUUAAAGAAAACGCCUGGUUGUAGCUGGCUGGACAUAAAUGGGAAAAAUCAUGAAUUUCGUGUUGCUGAUCAGUUUCAUCCACAAUCAGAUGAUAUUUAUACCAUAUUAAGAAGUUUAGAACUCGAGACCAAGAUAAUCAUGGGGAGAGAAACUCUAAUAAAUGAUUAA